GCGGAACGUCUGCCGUACAGCUAACAUAGUUAAAGGGCCAGACUAGGCCUAGAAAAGUAUUAAUAGUUAACGUUUCUUUUCCGCAUUGCCUCUCGGAUGUGUUUAAAAUGGCCGGAUUUCAGUUUGUUUCAGGUGCUUCAUUUCAGAUUCCUGCCCAGGAAAUACACUGCAUUGCCUUGGACACAUGGCCGAAUCACUUCAGCAUUUGUAAAUCUACGGACAGUGGUGACCCAUCUGGCAUCCAGUGGCUGUUGGUGAAUAAAGAAGAGCCUCCUGAACAGCAGGGUUUGAGUCCCAGCCUGGAUCAGGAGGACACCAAGCCCCCACACAUUAAAGAAGAACAGGAGGAACUGUGGAUUGGUCAAGAUGCAGAGCAGCUUCAAGGACAAGAGGAGGCUGAUAUCAAGUUCCCAUUCACUGUUAAGAGUGAAGAUGAUGACGAGAAACCGCAGUCCUUGCAGCUUCAUCAAAUAGAAACUGAACAGACAGAAACAGGAGUUGAUGGAGAGGACUGUGGGGGAUCAGAAAAUGCCAGGAGCUCAGAUCCAGAGAGACAUUCACAUCCAGAGAUUGAGGUAAUGAUUGAAGAGUCCUCUGAAUCUGAGACUGAUGAUGAUUGUAAGAAUGUGAAAUGCAAAACUGCAUACCAAUCGGGUUUAAACUCUGUGGAAACACCUGAGUGGUUGGGGGAGAAACCUUUCAGCUGCCAAGAGUGUGGCAAAGGGUUUGGACGAAAAGGUCAUUUGACUGAACACUUGCAAACGCACACAGGAGAGAAACCCUUCAGUUGCCCUGUGUGUGGUGGAAGAUUUAGUCGCUCAAGUUAUCUGAAGGAACAUAUCAAAACUCAUUCAGUGGAGAAACCUUUCAGUUGCUCAGAGUGUGACAAAAGAUAUCAUACUAAAAGACAACUGACAUAUCAUUUGAAAACGCACCUUGAAGAGAGACCCUUUUGUUGCCCCGAGUGUGGCAAAGGAUUUAGACAGAAAAGUCACCUGACAUAUCAUUUAAGAACUCACACAGGUGAGAAACCCAUGGACAGCUCUACAGUUGAAGGAAUAAACCUUAAACCACAUCUGGAAAAACAGAUUCAAAUGGAGGAGAAACCUUUCAGCUGUCCUGAGUGUGGCAAAGGAUUUAGAGAACGAUUUCAUCUGAAUCAACAUAUUCAAACUCACACAGGAGAGAAACCCUUCAGUUGCCAUGUGUGUGGUGGAAAAUUUAGUCGCUCAAGUUAUCUGAAGGAACAUAUUAAAACUCACUCAGUGGAGAAACCCUUCAGUUGCUCAGAGUGUGACAAAAGAUUUCACACUAAAAGACAACUGACAUAUCAUUUGAAAACGCACCUUGAAGAGAAACCCUUUAGCUGCCCUGAGUGUGGCAAAGGGUUUAGAGAUAAAAGUAAAUUGACUGUGCAUGUGAGAAUUCAUACAAAGGAGAAAUCCAUAGACAGCUGUAAGGUUGGUGAAAGAUCACACUUUAAACCAAAUCUGGAACAACAGAGUCAAAUGAUGGGGGACAAAUCUUUCAGCUGCCCUGAGUGUGGCAAAGUAUUUAAACAAAAAAGUCACCUAAAGGGUCAUUUGUUAACUCACACUGGAGAGAAACCCUUCAGUUGCCCUGUGUGUGGUGGAAAAUAUAGUCGUUCAAAUUAUCUCAAGGAGCAUAUCAAAACUCAUUCGGGGGCAACACCUUAUAGUUGCUCAGAGUGUGACAAAAGAUUUCCAACCAACAGAAAACUGAAACAUCAUUUGAAAACUCACACAGAAGAGAAACCCUUCAGUUGCCCUGAGUGUGGCAAAGGAUUUAGUCAGAAAAGUAAUCUGACUGAUCAUUUAAGAACACACACAGGAGAGAAACCUUACAGUUGCCCUGUUUGUGGCAAAAGAUUUGGUCAUAAAAGUAAUCUGCUGGGUCAUUUGAGAACUCACACAGGAGAGAAACCUUACAGUUGCUCUGAGUGUGGCAAAACCUUUAAACAUAACAGUCAUUUGGCAUACCAUUUGAGAUCUCACACAGGAGAGAAACCCUUCACUUGCUCUGUGUGUGGCAAUGGAUUUAAAGAUAAACGCCAUCUUAUAAAUCACCUGAGAACACACACAGGAGAGAAACCCUUCAGUUGUUCUGUGUGUGGCAAAGGAUUUAGCGUUAAAAGUAAUUUGAAGGGUCAUUUGAGAACUCACUCAGGAGAGAAACCCUUCAGUUGCUCUGAGUGUGGCAAAAGUUUUACACUGAAAAGCCAUCUGAAAUGUCAUAUGAGAACACACACAGGAGAGAAACCCUUCACCUGCUCUGAGUGUGGUAAAGGGUGGUUUCACAAGAAAGACAUGACUCAACAUAUGUGUGUUCACACAAAUGUGAAAAAUCCUUCAGUUGCUCCCAGUGUGUAAAAAAAAAAUUCAAGCACAAAGAACAUCUGAGAGUUGGUCAGAAUUUACAUGGUAGACAGAAACCCGAGCUGCUGUGAUUGCAGUAAAAUUCUCUUGUGAAGGAUAUGUGACCUAUCAUAUGUGUGCUUCUGCAGAAAAUGACACCAAUCAGAGUCAUGGAAUGUAAUCUGUGAGGAUGCACCAUAUUAUCAGCAUAUGUGUCUUGGCAAAUUUCUGCUGAUGUUUACAACCACUAUUUUUGCUAUUAAAAAUGUGUAUAUGGCAGUUCUAAAUAUGUUCCAUAUGAACAGAGACCUACUUCAGUUAAAGUCUUUUUCUUGUUUGUCCUCUUUCCUUAAACUUUAAACUUAAUAAGGACUGAAAUGUAUUCAUGUGGUCAUCCUCAAAUUUUAAGCUGUGUUUCAAGGGCUGUAGUUGUAGGCCUAAACUAUAUUUAAAUAUCAGUAUUGAUAUUGGUAUCUUCUAAAAUUAAUAAUAGUAAUAAUAAUAAUAUAUUUCUGCAAAAAUCCAAUAUCAUGCAUACCUAGUGAUCCAGUAACAACACAGUAACCAGUGAAACUGCUCCUCUGAAUAUGGUAACAGCUUCGGCUGAAGUUAACUACUGAAAGGUUCCACAGAAGAGAAUUAUUAAACUCCAUGACAUCUAACAUUAAAUAAAAAUAUAUAGAUAUAUGUAAAUCUUCAAAUGAAAAACAAAAACAAUCGUUACAGCACAUGGUCCACACCUAUGUAAAUUUUGGCAGCUAUUUUUAAUUUUAUUCUUAGUUUUAGUCUUUAAAGAAAUGUCUUUUAGUUUUAGUCACAUUUUAGUCAUUUCUAUCC